AUGGUAGUGAAAAGAGGCUGUCCUAAUAUAUUGAGAAUGGUUAACGUUAUCAUUGCUGAUUUCGAUGAAACUAUUACUGUUAAAGAUACAAUAAGUAUCGUAGCUAAGAUGCCUUAUAUAUUUAAAGCUAAUAAGAAUUUACCUGAAUGGUCGUUCUUUACAGAUUAUUAUUUGUCAAUCUACAAGCAAAACAUAAGAAAUUUCAAGAGAUCAAUUCCGAUCGUCUCAAGCUCUUUGCCAAAUAAUAUUGAUGAUUACUAUUCUUCAUUAUCUAAUGAAUUUAACUAUCAAAAAUUCUUGAAAGCAAAUAUUGAAGAGUUGAGCAUUGAUAAAUUGACCAAAUACAAUGUAUUCAAAGAUAUCUCUGUAUCCCAAGUGAAGCAAUUUGCACGAGAUCCAGGUUGUCAUGAUUUGGUGCGUAAAGGUUUCCAGCAAUUUUUAACAAACUAUCAACAUCACUUCAAUAUCAUUUCAAUCAAUUGGUCAAAGGAAUUCAUUAGUAACGUAAUUAAAAAUAACUGCGAGAUCGAUAUACCUUUGCAGUCUAUAAAUUGUAACGAUCUUCUUUUAGACAAUGGUGUCUACACAGGGACUUUUUCAAGAGAUAACAUUGUUGGAUCAGAUAAAGUUGUUACUUUAGAAAAAAUAAUUACUUCAAACGAAGAUAAUUCUUCAGCUCUAACAAGUCCGAAUGUUUAUUGGUAUAUAGGAGAUAGUGAGACUGACCUCUUGUGCCUAUUACAUCCACGAGUGAAUGGAAUACUUCUCUUGGACCCAUUAGAGAACAAAGAUAAAUUCCUAAGGAUAACUAGGACUCUUCUAAACAUCGUUGAUCCUAAACUACAAGAAUUCAUCGAUACACCAGAUGAAAGGUUCAUCAAGUGUUUGUCAAAGGGUUCAAAUAAUGUAUAUUUAGCUAAAGAUUGGUAUAGCAUUAAUCAGUAUAUAAACUCAUUUAAAUAA